CCGUUCAGCAGUGGAACGGAACAGUCGUGAAACAGCGGCCCCAAAAACGAAAGGCAGGCAUUCAUCUCGGUGCUCUUGGUGCAGUACUUGAAGUGGUCUACAUAGUGAAUAGUGCAGGAAGUGUAACUUCCUCCGAACGACACCAACCAUGGGUGCGAUGUUCCGAAGCGAGGAGAUGAGCAUGGUCCAGCUGCUCAUACAACCGGAAGCUGCCUACCAAUCGGUGGCCGAGCUGGGCGAGCUGGGCAUUGCGCAGUUCCGUGACCUGAACACGGACAUCAACAUGUUCCAGCGGAAGUACACGAGCGAGAUCCGGCGCUGCGAGGAGAUGGAGCGCAAGAUCGGCUACAUCCGGCGCGAGAUCGUGAAGGAUUCGGUCGCCAUCCCGGACAUGCCGGAGGUGAUUCCGCGCACGCCGAACUCGCGCGAAAUCAUCGACCUCGAGGCGCAGCUCGAGAAGACGGAGAACGAGAUCGUCGAGCUGUCGGAGAACAACAAUGCGCUGCUGCAGAACUUUAUGGAGCUGACCGAGCUGAAGCAUGUGCUGGAGAAGACUCAAGUGUUCUUCUCGGACAAAUCGAACGUCCAGAACCUGGAGGCGACUGGCGGCGAGGCGGCCAACGAUGGCAAACCGCUCGGCUUUGUGGCGGGCGUGAUUUCGCGCGAACGCAUCAUCGGCUUCGAGCGCAUGCUGUGGCGCGUGUCACGUGGUAACAUUUUCUUGCGCCAGGCCACGCUGGAGGAGUCGCUGGUGGAUCCGAAAACGGGUGAUUCGGUUCACAAGAUUGUGUUCGUUGCGUUCUUCCAAGGCGAACAGCUGAAGGCUCGCGUCAAGAAGGUGUGCGCUGGUUACCAUGCGUCGCUGUAUCCGUGCCCGAACGAGUACAACGAGCGGGAGGAGAUGCUGCGUGGGGUGCGUACCCGCAUCGAGGAUCUGAAGAUGGUGCUCGGCCAGACGCAGGACCAACGCCAGCGUGUGCUGCUGAACGUGGCCAAGGAGGUGCCGAACUGGGAGAUCAUCGUGAAGAAGGUGAAAGCCAUCUACCACACGCUGAACAUGUUCAACGUGGACGUCUCCAAGAAGUGUCUGUUCGGUGAGGCUUGGGUACCGACGGCCGGUCUGCAGGACGUCAAGACGGCCCUGGUGAACGGUUCGGCAGCAGUGGGUAGCGCUGUGCCGUCGUUCCUGAACAUCAUCGCCACCGACGAGGAUCCACCGACGUACAACAAGACGAACAAGUUUACGCGUGGCUUCCAGAACCUGAUCGAAUCGUACGGUAUUGCGACGUACCGUGAGGCUAACCCGGCCCUGUACACGAUCAUCACCUUUCCGUUCCUGUUCGCGAUCAUGUUCGGUGAUCUGGGGCACGGGUUGAUCCUGUUCCUGCUCGGCAUGUGGAUGGUGCUGUGGGAGAAGACGCUGGACAAGAACAAGGAGGAAAUCUGGCAGCUGUUCUUCGGCGGUCGGUACAUCAUCCUGCUGAUGGGUAUCUUCUCCAUGUACACCGGUUUCGUCUACAAUGACGUCUUCUCGAAGGGUAUGAACAUCUUCGGUUCGGCCUGGAGCGUCAACUACAACACGUCGACGGUGAUGACGAACAAGGAGCUGCAGCUCAACCCAACAACCGACUACUCGGAAACGGUGUACUGGUACGGGUUGGAUCCGCUCUGGAUGUUGGCCACCAACAAGAUCAUCUUCCUCAACUCCUUCAAGAUGAAGCUGUCGAUCAUCUUCGGCGUGGUGCACAUGAUCUUCGGUGUGUGCAUGAGCCUGGUCAACCACAAUCACUUCAACCGCCGGGUAAACAUUCUGCUGGAGUUUAUCCCGCAGAUGAUGUUCCUGGUGCUGCUGUUCGCCUACAUGUGCUUCAUGAUGUUCUUCAAGUGGAUCAUGUACAGCGCGGUCACCGAUGAGGAUCACCUGAAGCCGGGCUGCGCACCGUCCGUGCUGAUCAUGUUCAUCAACAUGAUGCUGUUCAAGAACCAGGAGCCGCUCGAUACGUGCAAGGAGUUUAUGUUCGAAGGUCAGGACACGCUGCAGGUGAUCUUCAUCGUGCUGGGGCUGAUCUGCAUCCCCUGGUUGCUGCUGGCCAAGCCGUUCUACAUCAUGUUCAAGCGCAAGGGCAAGAGCACCGAGCACGGUUCGGAGGUGGCACAUCAAUCCUCCUCCUCCUCCAACCAUCACGACGAUGAGCCGAUGAGUGAAAUCUUCAUCCAUCAGGCGAUCCACACGAUCGAGUACAUCCUCAGUACCAUCUCGCACACUGCGUCCUACCUGCGACUGUGGGCUUUGUCGCUGGCUCACGCCCAGCUAUCGGAGGUGCUGUACAACAUGGUGUUCACGAUCGGGUUGCGAAAUGACUCGUACGUUGGUGCCAUCAUGAUUUGGCUGGUGUUCUGGCCGUGGUCCGUGCUGACCAUUGGCAUCCUGGUGGGCAUGGAGGGACUUUCCGCCUUCCUGCACACUCUUCGUCUGCACUGGGUCGAGUUCAUGAGCAAAUUCUACGAAGGUUUGGGCUACGCCUUCAAGCCGUUCUCGUUCAAGGCUAUACUGGAGGAAGAGGAAGCUGACUAAACCGAUCAGUUUAGGGAGAGGUUGAAGUAUGCUACCAACCUGUAGAUGCCACUGAUGAAAUAAACGAUGGUAUAGAAUGCAACUUAAA